AUGGUGAAAAAAUCCGCUAACGGUGAAGUUUAUCACCCUCCCGCAGGGGAGAAGAAACUGAAAGUCGGCUUUGUGGGACUGGACCCCGGGGCUGCGGAGACGAGCCGAGACGGGGCACUUCUCAUUGCCGGUUCCGAGAGCACAAAACGGGGCAGCAUCCUGAGCAGACCGAGGUCCAGCAUCUCCAGGGGGAGAAUCGCUCACAAAAGAAACGCACGUUACCGCAGACUGCAAAAUUUCCUUUACAAUGCGCUGGAAAGACCCCGAGGCUGGGCGUUCAUUUACCACGCUUAUGUGUUUCUGCUGGUGUUUUCCUGUCUGGUUCUGUCAGUGUUCGCAACAAUCAAAGAAUACAAGAAAAGCUCUGAGAGUGCCUUGUACAUCCUGGAAAUUGUGACAAUCGUAGUGUUUGGUGUGGAAUAUAUUGUGCGGAUUUGGGCAGCCGGCUGCUGCUGUCGCUACAGAGGAUGGAGAGGAAGGCUCAGAUUUGCACGCAAACCCUUCUGUAUCAUCGAUAUCAUGGUCCUUUUUGCCUCGGUGUCAGUGCUGGCCGCUGGCUCACAGGGAAAUGUUUUUGCCACCUCUGCCAUUCGGAGUUUGAGGUUUCUUCAGAUCCUUCGAAUGCUGCGUAUGGACCGCCGCGGUGGCACAUGGAAGCUCCUGGGAUCUGUGGUUUACGCACACAGCAAGGAACUCAUUACGGCGUGGUAUAUUGGAUUCCUUUGUCUUAUCCUGGCAUCUUUCUUGGUGUACUCAGUGGAGAAGGAUGACAAUGCAGAGAUGUUCGAGACCUACGCUGACGCCCUCUGGUGGGGGCUGAUCACUCUCACAACUAUCGGUUAUGGGGACAAGUAUCCUGUCACGUGGAAUGGGCGUCUAAUCGCUGCCAUGUUCAGUUUGAUCGGUGUAGCUUUCUUCGCUCUUCCUGCGGGUAUCCUGGGCUCAGGCUUUGCUCUAAAGGUUCAAGAGCAGCACAGACAGAAGCAUUUUGAGAAGCGUCGUAACCCUGCUGCAUCUCUUAUCCAGGCAGCUUGGAGAUUUUAUGCCACUAACCUUUCCAGGACAGACCUGCUGUCCACAUGGGACUUUUAUGAGCAGACUGUGUCAGUCCCAAUGUACAGACUCAUUCCUCCUGUAAAUCAGCUUGACAUAUUAAGAAGCCUGACGGGGAAAUCUGGUUUCAGGAAGGACUCGCAGCUAGAAGUCACUCCAAGUCGUAAGGCCAGCUUGAAAGAGAAAGGCAGUCCCUCUAAGAGCACCGGGGGGAAGACCCCAAAGCCAGAGGAGGGAGUCAAAGAGAGUCCAAGCAAAGUGACCAAGAGCUUGAGCUUCACAGAGCGGAACAAAGCAAAGCACGCUUUCAGAAUGAAAGAUGGAGCUUCUCGGCAGAACUCUGAAGUGCUGAUUGAGUUGCAAGACGAGGACUUCGCCAUGAAGAGUUCUCCAGAGGCAAGUCUUCCAGAAGAUUUUGGGGAUGACAGAGGUUUCCCCUGUGAGUUUGCGCCGGAUCUGUCUCCGGGACUCAAGGUCACCAUCAGAUCUAUCUGUGUUAUGCGGUUCCUGGUGUCUAAGAGGAGAUUUAAAGAGAGCCUCAGGCCUUAUGAUGUGAUGGAUGUGAUAGAGCAGUAUUCAGCAGGCCAUCUGGACAUGCUGUCACGCAUCAAAAACCUUCAGUCCAGAGUGGACCAGAUUGUGGGAAAGGGAGCCACGGCAGGAGAAAAGGACAAGCCCAAAAGCGACACGGAGAUGGCUGAGGACCCAAGCAUGAUGGGACGUCUGAACAAGAUGGAAAAGCAGGUGGGGGCAAUGGAUCUCAAACUCAACUUUUUGGUCAGCAUGUACACCACACAUAUGGGCAUCCCACGAUCUGAGACCGAAGCCCUCCUAGGCUUUAAAAUCCCUUACCCUGCUCCUCCCUACCACAGCCCUGAUGAUAAGAGUGAGAAAGCACAGGAUGAGAAAGAGGAUGAGGAUAAAAAGAGUGUGUCCCCUGUCCAUCCUGGUCCCAACGGGACUCCCACUGAUAGCCAAUGUCGGCCCUCUGUCUCAUGGCAUCAUCAGGAUGACCAUCCCCUCAAUGUGCCUCUCUGGAACAACAGCCGAGGAGUUUCACCAAUAGGCACUGACGACCCCUCGCUGUACCGCCUCCCGCCUCCACCAUUCCAUGAGAUCGGGGACAGCAGCCGCUCACGUAGGUCCAGGAAAUCUGUCCAGCAGCAGACGGCCAUUGAGAGUGACACGUCCCUCUCUAUUCCCUCAGUGGACCAUGAGGAACUGGAGCGCUCUUUUAGCGGCUUUAGCAUUUCUCAGGCCAGGGAAGAGGAUUAUGUGCCACCGGUGAGACUGGGGCUUUUUGGUAGAGGCGGCGGGACACCGUGCACCCAUCUUAGGCCUAAUCUGGCUGAAGGGGAGUCGGAUACAGACUCUGACCUCUAUACGCCGGGAGCGCCGUCUCCUCUUUCGUUUACUGGAGAGGGGCCUUUCAGUGACAGGAUGUGGCCUGGUCUGAAAUAG